AUGCCCGCCAAACUGCGCAAUGUGCUCCAACAGAGCCUAUCGCGCUCUCUAGACAACACGAGUGUCUUCUACUGCCCGUCCUGUUCAACCUGGCGCCGAACGCUCUCGACACGUACAACCGGCAGCCCCAAAAUCGAGACUGCGCGCCGAAAUGCUCACCGUUUAGAGACAGUGCCGACGACUCGCACUCGACCUUUCACAACUUCCCCUGCGAUCUCGGCGGGUAAAACGGUUCCGCCGCGGUUCAAGGAGCUGUAUGAUGCUUUGAGUGGAGUUAAGGAUGCGGCUAUUGAGCAGGUUAGCGUUAGUCGGUUGUCGCUUGCGCUGCGUGGAUUGGAGUCGGAGGAGCCUUUGAUUCGGGUUGCUGUACUCGGAUUGGAUAAUGCAGAUGCUGCUCGCAAAUUGGUUCGGUUGCUUUUUGCUGACCCCCUUGGGCCGCGUGAGAGUUGGGAGGAUAUACUGGAAGGCUACGACUCUGACCCUUCGAGGGGCCUGCUUAUUCGGUACGGCGAAGUCUCCGAGUCUAUCCCAAAUGAUCUCCUCCCUACCAUCACCAUCCGCUCGCCUAUCUUGAAAAAGGGCAAUCUCGAAAUCCUCGUCAGUUCUAUCGGCUCCGAGCCAGACACAUCCGGUGCGACAUUAUCUGCCGAGUCCUUCCUCGUGCCGAAUGUUACUAUUCAAACAUCACACUCUGGGCGGCAAAAUUUUGUGCGAUAUCCCGUGCACCGCAGUAUUAUCUGUGGCUCGGGAGUGGAUGGCCUGCUUGCUUUCAGUACUUUGAUGGGUCGGUCGAACCUCCAAAAUGAGGUGGCAUCAGUACGCGGCGCCAUUGAGCUUUCCGUGGCAGAUCAGAAACGUGACAGUGAUCGCCUGUCAUUUGUUGAUAUUGAGCGCGCAACUACGGCCUUGGAUAAGAUUCGCGAGUCCGUUCAAAACGCCUCUGAAUAUGAGCGUGGAUGGAAUGGUAGCGGUGUUCAGCCUGUUAUUGAUUGGCUGUCAACGACUUCUCAAGCAGUGAAUGAAGAGGCUUUGAAUCCUGCUCUAGCUCCACUCAUCGAGUCGUUGCUUGAUGCAGCAGAGAAGGGCGUCGUGAUUCGAGAUGCCGAGGCGAUUCAGAACCAGACAGGGAGUGUGACCCCUCCAGAGGUCCGCUCUCAACUUGAGAAUGGAAUCAGUACAUGGGCCGAGCAAGCACACUCUGAGCUACGCAGCUCUCUAGAAGCGGGCUUUGCUAGUCCACGCUGGCGAGGCCUAGCAUGGUGGAAGCUCUUCUGGCGCGUUGACGACGUGAGCAUGAUCACAUCCGAGAUUCUGAGUCAACGAUUCCUCCGCCGCGCAGAGCGCGAAGUCAUCUGGACGUCCGGGAAAUACCAGCAGGCUGGCCUGCUGGAGGAUGCUACCCCUUCUACCGCUCCCGAAUCCACGUUCGACACGGCCCCUGCCAAGUCGACUCCGCCUCCCUGGCCUACCCAGAUCCCCGACAUGCGCAACAAGCUACUCGCCACGACCGUUCCCUCCCUUCAGGCUCUCGCGCAGAGCCUCGUCCUCUUCAGCGUUUCCACCACCACGCUGACCUCCGCUCUCUCCGCUCUCACAUACGUCUCCGUACCCUCGGCUUCGGUCUAUGAAUCAUGUACCCUGGCUGCAGUUGGUCUCAUCUACUCGCUGCGCCGCCAGCAGAAGAAGUGGGAUGUUGCAAGAGACUUCUGGGAGGAAGAAGUUCGCGAUGAGGGCCGCACAGCACUGCUGGAGACUGAGGCGCUCCUGCGUAAGAUUGUGCGCGAUGGUGGAAAGGAGCUGGAAGACUUGUCUGAUCACCGGACGCGUGAGAUGAUCACCCGUGCCCGAAAAGCUCUUGAGAGUGCCCGGGCUUGA